AUGACAUAUUCCGUUGAUAGUGUUACCAUUUUAUAUGGAAGCGAGACGGGAAACGCCCAGGACUAUGCGCAUUAUUUAGCAAGAAAGCUCCGAUACCACUCGCUUCGGCCAACUUUGGCCAGUCUCGACUCCUACGACAUGAAGAAAUUGAUCACCGAAACUCGGUUUUUGAUCAUUCUCUGUCUGACCACAGGCCAGGGUGAACUUCCACGGAAUGCAAAGAAGUUCAUGCGUUUCUUGUUGAAGAAGAAGCUUCCCGCAGACCUUUUGAGCCAUGUCAAGUGUACGACCUUUGGGCUUGGAGAUCUGUCGUAUCCAAAGUUCAACCACGCGAUAAAGAAGAUCCACACUCGUUUGGCCCAGUUGGGGUGUGUGGACCUUUCGCCUCGCUGUGAAAGUGACGAAUUAGCUCCCGAAGGUGUCGAUGGGUUUUAUGCCGAGUGGGAGUCGGCCCUUAUAGAGGCUUUGCACUUGCAUUUCCCAAAUGCGCCGCAAAUCGACGAAAACGUUUUGCUUCCCCCAGAAUAUCGCCUUUCUCUCGACGAGAGCAAGCCAGAUUUGUGUCCAGUAGGCGAUCUCGGUUUGACACGGCCAGCUGCACUUUUCCGGGGGAAAAUCACGAAAAAUACUCGUGUGACAGCACAGGACCAUUUUCAGGAUGUUCGCCAUGUGGUGAUAGAGUCUGCGGAUGCUCUUCUGUAUUCACCAGGAGAUACUGUGGCCCUCUAUCCGCAGAAUGACGAGAAAAGCGUGGAGCUUCUUUUAGAGCUGCAGCCGCAUUGGUUAAAGAUAGCUGAUAAGCCUCUUUCUCUUCCUCAUGUGGAUAUUGAGGGAGGACUUAUAUCUCGCGAGAAAUUGACAUUGCGUACGCUCUUAACCUACCAUAUGGAUAUCCAGGCGAUUCCUCAGCGGUCUUUCUUUGCGCUCCUCCAUCAUUUUGUGGAUUCUUCUUCAGAAGAUGGACAAAGAGAGCGGGACAAGUUGCGCGAAUUCAGCCAGAUUGAAAACUCAGAGGAUUUGUAUAACUACGCUCACCGGCCUCGGCGUCUGAUUCUUGAAACUGUGAUGGAGUUCUCUCAAAACUUACGCAUCCCAGUGGAGUAUGUGCUAGACUUGUUUCCUGUGAUCAAAGUUCGCUUGUUUCUGAUUGCAUCAAAGCCCUCACCAAACCUAAUAGAAAUCGUCGUGGCGAUUGUGGAGUACAAGACGAUUAUUCGCCGUGUUCGCCGUGGAUUAUGCACCAAAUGGCUUAAACUGUUGGAGCCAGGCAGCGAGUUGGUUUUUUCUGUGCAUGCCUCAAAUUUGCAGUUUUCGACACGUCAGAAUCCUUCACCACCUGUCGUUAUGGUUUCUCCAGGUACGGGCGUUGCACCAAUGAAGUCACUCAUUGAAAGUGCUGCUGGUCUGCAGGAGCUCUACUUGUUCUACGGAUGCCGGUAUCGGUCCAAAGAUUUCUUGUUUCUGGAUCUUUGGCUGUCUCUCGAGGCUAAAAACUUCCUCCAUGUGUACACGGCCAUUUCCCGGGAGGAAAGCAAGUUCAAGUACGUACAAGAUUGCAUGUUUGGUGAGAAGAAGCUCUUGAGUGAUUUGAUCGUCAAUAAAGGGGCGAUUUUCUUUCUUUGCGGGUCUAAUGGAAAAAUGCCAACGCAAGUACGCCUCACUCUUGUGGAGAUUCUUCGGGAAUUGGUUGCAGAGCCGGAGAAAUACUUGAUUGACAUGGAGAACGAAGGAAGGUACAUUCAGGAAACGUGGUAG